AGUCACAUUCAUUCAGUGCGAUUAGCCGGUACCAGUUGGAUAUAGCUACCUGUUGGGUAUUGUGUGUGUGUUUCCGAAUCAACCGUGUGAAUCGUGUCUCUCUCGUGCACCUACGGCUGUACCCAAGCGCUUCUGACGGAUCUCCUUAAUAUCGAACACAACACUGUUGUAAAGCAAAGAUGUCAAAGUCACUUGGAGUAACUAUCGUCCUCUUCGUGUUGACGUUGCGUGCACAAAGUUGUGGAGCUGAUCGACUAGAUGCUGUCAAAGGAAAGAAUCGACCGGUUGAGGGAACCCUCAUUUUGCGAUGUUGUCUAGCUGAUGACCUUACAAAGAGAGGCAUCGAGCACUAUUGGACCCUUAACGGCUCAAUGAGAUGCAACAGUCGAGACACUCACCAACUGGACGACAGAAUCAAGUGCAUCAAGUUCGAGUUAGUUCCAAACUAUGGUUACUGCAACGUGCUCGUCGUGAGUUCCUUGAGAUACGAAGAUGCCGGCCUCUACGAUUGUCAUGCAGACGGAAAGUCCGUUAACGUCACCAUUAGCGUGCAUAGCAAAGUCUCUCCACCAACAGAGCAACCGAUCACUAGCAAGCCAACAACGAUACCAUCUUUAGCAAAUUCUACGAGUCUAGUUUCGCGAGAUCUUUACGGAAGCUCUAUUCCUGCCACGACAGCGAGUGUUUCUUCUGCAAGUGAUAGAUACACCACCAUCCACACGAACGGUGAGCAAUCUAGAGAAAUUAGCACUCAAAAUGAGAUUACUGCUACUCCGAAUUCAAACAUAUCUACGCCUCCAGGUACUGUUGCAAACACUUCGUCGGCAGGGUCAUCUGUUUAUCUGCUGACGUCAUGCUUUGGUGUGGUGGUAGCUGUCGUCUUGGGUUGGUCUAUUUUGAAUCUACUGAAUUAAGUUGUACAAUAAGGCUACUCAUGUAUUGGACAGUGUAUAGUAAGUAGACUCUUUGCUUUGAGUAGUAGUUGCGGUGUUGCGUUGGUUAGUAGUUGCUUCUUGUUCAAUAGACUGUAGUAACCUACCCGCUAGGUCAUGUUAACUAAUACACAAGUUAGUUGGUGUUGUUUUUUAAUUAAUUAAUUAAGAAUGAAUUUGUCUACCACGUGCUAUUAACUUAAUUCUAGACAGAGUUGAGAUGAUUAGCAAUGAAUUCAUGUUUUGUGUUGUUGUUUGUUUACUAAAAUGAUAUUGAAAUGGUUGAGAUUCUUUUGAUG